UAGCCACCCAUUUCGCUACUCGGAGAGACUGGCGCGCCGCGGGGUCCUCCAAGAUGGCGGCGCAGAGGAGGAGCCUGCUCCAGAGUGAGCAACAGCCGAGCUGGACUGAUGACCUGCCGCUCUGUCAUCUCUCAGGAGUCGGCUCAGCUUCCAACCGCAGCUAUUCUGCUGAUGGUAAGGGCACCGAGAGCCACCCUCCUGAGGACAACUGGCUCAAGUUCAGAAGUGAAAACAACUGCUUCCUGUAUGGGGUCUUCAAUGGCUAUGACGGCAACCGGGUGACCAACUUUGUGGCCCAGAGACUCUCUGCAGAGCUCCUGCUGGGCCAGCUCAACACGGAACACACUGAGGCUGAUGUGCGGCGGGUCCUGCUGCAGGCCUUCGAUGUGGUAGAGAGGAGCUUCCUGGAGUCCAUUGAUGAUGCCUUGGCUGAGAAAGCAAGCCUCCAGUCCCAGCUGCCAGAGGGUGUGCCCCAGCACCAGCUGCCCCCUCAGUAUCAGAAGAUCCUUGAGAGGCUCAAGGCACUGGAGAGGGAGAUUUCAGGAGGGGCCAUGGCCGUUGUGGCAGUCCUUCUCAACAACAAGCUCUAUGUCGCCAAUGUCGGUACAAACCGGGCCCUUCUGUGCAAGUCUACAGUGGAUGGGUUACAGGUGACACAGCUGAAUGUGGACCACACCACGGAGAACGAGGACGAGCUCUUUCGUCUGUCACAACUGGGUUUGGAUGCAGGAAAGAUCAAGCAGGUGGGCAUCAUCUGUGGACAGGAGAGCACCAGGCGCAUCGGAGAUUACAAAGUCAAAUAUGGCUACACUGACAUUGACCUGCUCAGUGCUGCCAAGACCAAACCCAUCAUUGCAGAGCCAGAGAUCCAUGGUGCCCAGCCUCUGGAUGGCGUGACAGGCUUCCUGGUGUUGAUGUCCGAGGGACUCUACAAGGCCCUGGAGGCAGCCCACGGGCCAGGGCAGGCCAACCAGGAGAUUGCAGCAAUGAUUGACACCGAAUUUGCUAAGCAGACCUCCCUGGAUGCAGUGGCCCAGGCUGUGGUGGAUCGUGUAAAGCGUAUCCACAGUGAUACCUUUGCCAGUGGCGGGGAGCGUGCCAAGUUCUGCCCACGGCAUGAAGACAUGACCCUGCUGGUGAGGAACUUUGGCUACCCGUUAGGUGAAAUGAGCCAGCCUACGCCGACCCCAGCCCCAGGGGGCCGUGUGUACCCUGUUUCUGUGCCCUACUCAAGUGCCCAGAACACCAGCAAGACCAGUGUGACACUCUCCCUCGUCAUGCCUUCUCAGGGCCAGAUGGUCAAUGGUUCUCACAGUGCCUCCACUCUGGACGAAGCCACUCCUACCCUCACUAACCAGAGCCCCACCCUGACCCUCCAGUCCACCAACACACACACGCAGAGCAGCAGCUCCAGCUCCGAUGGAGGCCUCUUCCGCUCCAGACCUGCCCACUCACUCCCACCUGGUGAGGACGGCCGUGUGGAGCCCUAUGUGGACUUCGCUGAAUUUUACCGUCUCUGGAGUGUAGACCAUGGCGAGCCGAGUGUGAUGACGGCACCUUAGUCUAGCCUCAGAGCGCAGCCUUGGCAGGACUUUGUAGGCACAGAAGGCUAAUGCUAAGGCAGGACAAACUUCUUGACCUUUGCAGGUGCCAUGGAAUCAGUGGGCAACGAGUCAUUGGUGCUGUAGGUUCUGUCCCACAGCUCUGGGUGGUAGCCUGAGUGCAGGCUGCAUUGCUGGUCCACACAGGAGGCUGGAGGCCAAACCACAGGCAUCCUUAGACAGGGAAGCUGCAGGUGGCUGGCAAACCAUCAAGAGUGCCUCCUGACGUAUUCAAAGAAUAGCAAGAAGCUGACCUGUGGACCCCCAACUGCCACAGAUCUGACAGACACUCCUCCCUCAAGUGGCCUCCCCGCCUCAACCUCCCCAGGAAUAGCCUGUGACCUCUGCUAGUGCUCUCUGCCUCCAGAUGGCUUUCCCCUUUCCAUCUUUCAGGCUAAACUCCUAGAUCCAGAGUAGGGGACGCCUGGAAUGUGUGCCUGUCCCUAGUUCUCCCUGGAAAAGCCAAGGAAACAGUGGGGCCUAGAGCAGCCACAGGGGAGCAGGACAGGGAAGGACCAGAGAGAGCUGGCCAAGGAAUACCAGUCCCAGGCUAUAGGACAGCCAGCUGGCAGCUGAGCUAACCCAGGGAGCAGGCUUCCCAUUGGGGUGCAAAUGGUGAGGGCAGGCCAAGUCUGAAGGAAAUGCCCACCAGCCUUCCUCCCAGCUGGUACUGCGGAGACUGAGGGGGUACUGAGUGCAGCAGCCUUCAUGAUGAAGCUGGUUGGCUGUGGGCUCUGCUGAGAGGAGAGGAUAUGACAAUGCUUGUGGACAUGAAGGGAAAGACGGUGCUGGUCAGGCCCUGAGUUGGACCAGUUGACACAAGUUUCCCACCUUCAAUCAGGAGGACUACCACAUGGCUGCCUGCAGCAUGGCCGCCCCAUGCUCAGAGGAGGAAGCAGGCCAUGGUGCUCCCUUGCCUGAGCCCUGCCAUCAGUACUGGAGUCCGAGCUCAAAUCUGUGGCCUUGUAACUGUGGUGUUCCACAAUCCCUUUCCCAGUAUGUCCAGCCGCUGGGCAAAGUGUCCAGUGUCUCCUGUUGGCAAAGGCCAGUUCAGAGCAGUGCUCGCUUAGACUCCAUUUCCCUAAAGUGAGGCUGCACACUCAGUGCCAAGGAGAACCUGGGAUUCCUGGGGGAGCGAAGGGGAGCACAAAAGCAGGGGAGAAGCCUUCCUUGCUGCUCUCCACUAGGAAGCACAGAGACUUGGGACAAAGGAGUCUCUCCAGGAAAGUGGUGCUGUUUGUUCUCCAGAAAUAGAACCAUGUUCCUAAUGCAGUAAACUAAA